CCCCCUCUCUCUCACACGCACAUUGUAUGUAUUCUUUCUCCCCAAAUCAAAAACCCUAAAUUUCUCUAUAAACCCUAAUUCAAUUUCAACCCCACCAUGUCAUACGAACCACGAUCACCUGAUCAAUCAGACGACAGUAGCGGCCGGCGUCUAUACAAUCCAUACCAAGAUCUCAACAUUCCGUCCAGAACGCUAUACAAACUUCCAACCUCGCCGGAAUUUCUAUUCCAAGAAGAAUCAGUCGCACAACGACGUUCAUGGGGCGAAAACCUAACCUACUAUACCGGAAUCGGUUACCUCGGCGGCUCAAUUUACGGCGGAGCAAAAGGGUUACCGUUAGCCAGAAAAGAAUUCGAACCUAGUGAUUCUAGGAAACUGAAAUUGAAUAGAAUAUUAAAUAAAUGUGGACAAAAAGGUGGUGAAUUUGGAAACAAAACUGGUGUUUUAGGUUUGUUGUAUGCAGGUAUUGAGAGUGGAAUGGUUGCUGUUCGAGAUACCGAUGAUAACGUUAACAGCGUUGUCGCUGGGCUCUGCACUGGGGCGGUUUAUAAGGCGGCGCAAGGCGUUCGGUCUGCUGCCAUUGCUGGUGCUAUUGGUGGUGUUCUUGCUGGAUUGGCUGUUUCUGGUAAACAGGUUGCAAAGAGAUAUGUUCCCAUUUGACUGAUCACUUGACGACAUUUCGCUUUUAAAUUUUGAUCAUCGUAUUUUAUGUAGUACUAAGUAGUGUUUUUACAAUAUUGUUGAGUAAUGGUAUUGUAACAAUGGAAAAAUGCAUAAUUUUGAUGAUGAUUCCCUUUAUGUUUGGUUGAUGAUGCGGUAUGUGUCAGUGCUUUGUUAUGAAUAAUUUGUUGACAUUGAUAUGCCAUAUGGGAAUUGUAUCACAUAUUUUUUUCUUAUUAA